GGGCGGCGCGGGGCGUGUCGGGAAGGCGGCGGGCUAGUGCGAUCUUCGGUGGUGGUGGUGGCGGCGGGAGCCAUGGUGGGUGGCGAGGCCGCCGCGUCAGUGGAGAAGCUAGUUUCCGGGGUGCGGCAGGCGGCCGACUUCGCCGAGCAGUUCCGCUCCUACUCGGAGAGCGAGAAGCAAUGGAAAGCGCGCAUGGAGUUCAUCCUGCGCCACCUGCCUGACUACCGAGACCCACCCGACGGCGGCGGCCGUCUGGACCAGCUGCUGUCCCUCUCCAUGGUCUGGGCCAACCACCUCUUUCUGGGCUGCAGUUACAGUAAAGACCUUCUGGACAAGGUGCUGGAGAUGGCUGAUGGGAUUGAAGUGGAGGACCUGCCGCAGUUUAUAACCAGGAGUGAAUUAAUGAAAAAGCAUCAAAGCUAAGGCAGAUCUACCACAUUUCCUCCCCUGGGGAUAGACUUGGAAAGGAGACCAGGGUGGAGGUGAACCAUGGCAGCUCUUGAGAUUCCUGGUGUUUGCAGCACAGAAGCAGCUGGAAUGGAAAGGGACGUGUCUACAAGUGCUUCAAAGAAGUCUUGGUUCUUCCAGAAGCUGUUGCUGUGAAGUGCAGUACAUAUGCAUAUUCGUGUGUUUAUUAAAUGGCGGACUCUCCGAAAUUUUGUUGGCAUUGUCUAAGCCAAACUUUAUUUGAAAUGCCUUCUAUGUUGGUAUAAUAAUGACAGUGAUUUUCUUUUUUAGCAGAGUACCUUUAAAUGUAAUUCUGGGUUUUGCCCCACCUUUUGUCCUUCUGAGGCAAGCCAGAUUCUCCUUAUUUCGAUCUAACCCACUCUUUACUUGUUCCUCACUGCCACUUGCCACCACAGGACUGUGCAUUAACCAGCUGUGUCACUGGAGCGCCCCACGGCUGGCCUCUCAGGUCUGUGUAAGAAAAGGGAAUCGUGCGGCAGCCCUGAAGUAGCCGAGCUAGCUCAUAGGAAGGAGGACACUUACACAAAAGCUUCUGGUCUCAUCUUAGAAUUCACCAAGGGCCAGAGAUGUAGCUCAGUGGGAAAGGGCUUGCUUAGCAUGCUUGAGGUCCUGGGUUUGGUUUCCAGUAUUACAGAGAGACAGAAAAAAAUAGCUAGAUAAAAAUUCCUGCAAGUUUAUACAGCUUUGUCCCGCCAGCUAGCUGAUUUCCAGACUCUCUAGGUCUCCCGGGCUGCUCGUGUGCUUAAUUUUCUCUGUUUCUGGAAGGCUUUCAGGAUAAAAAAACUGCCUUGCACAUUGCCUCUGGAUUGUACUAGUCAUGCUUUGCUUAGAUGAUGGUGUUGAUAUUCUACCUGACAGCUGAUCUGUUCCAAACCCCCUUCCAGAUCCUUCUAUUGAGUCUCACCAUUAGAUGAAAGAUGCCUGAACUGUGGGUAGCAGUGGAACAGUGUGCCAAGCAGGACUCAUCAAUGGCAGGCCCAUUAUGGUCAGUAAGACAAUGGGGUCUGCCUUGGCUUAUCUACUGAGUACAGGAAAGUGGACACCCAGACGCUGGGGCCAGUGGUGUCCAGCCCCAGAGCAAUGGGACAACAUUCUUGUUGGUGGCUUGAGAUGAAGGCCACAUCUUUGUGUGGUUCCUGGCUCCAGACCAGGAUGGAUCAGGAGUCAAGAUCAUUGACUGAAACCUUGGACAAACUCCAGGCACGGGAGACCAGGGUGCCAGUCACAGAGGCCUGGGCAAGGUAGUAACUCAGCUGAGCUGUGUGCUCACUGACUUAGCUUUGUCUCGCCUCAAACCCAGCCUUACCUUUUUCCAUUCUAAUCAUUUGUCAGAUCUGUGAGGCUUAAAAACAAGAUGAAAAAUUGUGAUAAUUCACUUUAAAAUGCACUUUCUAUAGAGUGUUGGUUUUAUUUUCUGUAUUCGACCCCC